AUGAAUGGUUUUAAAACUAACAUCCUCCUAUCUUUGCCGCUGUAUGGCAGCAGAUUGGGCCGACGAAACCUUGGAAAUGCGGCUUGCGGGCUCCCCAAAGAAGUUCAGCAAAUCGUGAGCCAGCAACAGGCGCCUGCGGCGCCAUUGCAGACAAAAGACUUGAAUACUGUUUUGGCAUUUGUGCGGGAACCAAAACAAUCACUCACCAUACGACAACGUGUCACUCUGAUUCUGGCGCUGUAUAGACGUGGGGCCCAUCGGGAUGUGCUAACAGUGGCUAACUCCGCACUUUUCGAUUCCCACCAAAACUAUAGAGAAAACGUCUCUGCAGUGGAACUGAAAAAAUACUUUGCAUCGCUCGUCGUGACCGGUAGGACCAUGCAGCUGGCUCAAAACAUGUUUCAGCUUAUUCGACAGUUUUCGCUUCAUAGGAAAAGUAUGGUCCUGAGCGUGAUUAACUCCACAUUCACAAAGGCGACCCUGUGCUGUAGCUCGUCCGAAUCCUUAGUCAUAUGGGUGAAGUUCUACAGAUAUCUGGAAGGACACGCAAAUUUCACAAACUAUGACAACGACAAAGCGUUUCUAAAGACGCUGCUUUUUUUCCUGCGAUCCCGAAAACUAAACGUGAGCGCAGUUCGGGAUGCGUUACAAUUGAUAGACAAAACUCAAGGCCCGCUUGCUGUAUCUCAGUUUUCAUCGACGCUGAUGUAUUUGACAGCUUACAAUCGGGAUUUCAAUCUGACAGAGACGUUGUGGGACUACAAGGUCGAAAAGAGACUGCCCAUUACGAGCACAGACCUAACUCAAAUUUGCAAAACGUAUUGUCAUUUCCAAAAAUUCUCGCUCGUUGACCCAUUGCAUGCACAAUACCCUGAAGCUCACGACGAUUCCCAAUUCGACUACCUAUUGAUUGCUUACGCCAAACAACAAGACUGGCAAAGUCUACAAAAUCAAUUCAAUGCAUUAUUCGGAUUGGGUGAGCUGCCCAAUAUAGCCCACUAUGGCAUCGUGAUGUUCUCAGUCGCAAUUUUGGGUGAAAAGGAGAUGGUCGACAAGCUUUACCGCCAGCUUCUAAACAGACGAAUGAUUCCAACCCUCCCUGUACUACAGGCCCUUCUACUUGUACAUUAUAAACGUGGUGAUUAUAAGGGUUGCUUCGAGCAUUUUGAGCUUUUCAACAAGUAUGGCAUUAAACCCACAGCAUCUACGUGUCAAAUUAUGCUGCGUGUGUACCGCAAUCUGUGCGAUAUAGAUGGAUCGCUAAGGUUUCUCAAGAAAAUGACAGAUUCGGGUGUUGAGAUGUCAGAAAAACAUUUCGCUGCUAUUAUCGGGACUUGUGCGAAAACUACAAACUAUGCUAUUGCAGAGGAACUCUUCCAAGUCAUGACAGAUCACUAUAAUAUUUACGCAACAGGAACCUCAGUUGCCGCAUUAGCCCAAGUUUACAUUGAAAGUGAUAUGCCACAGCGUGCUGUGAAUCUGUUCAAAAAAUACAGCGAUUUACCACACCCUUUGGAGAAUAGCAUUGCUAUCUAUAACAAAGGAGCUGAGGCGUAUUUGCAUAUGGGUCGCAUCGAUAAGUGCGAAAAAAUCUUCGAUGACAUUUUGCAUAAGAACAUCGCGGCGGACUCUGAAUUUUACACGGUGAUGCUCAAGCAUCUCGCUCUAUUUAAAAAGGAUUUCGAGACGGCUGAGAAUGUUUUGCAUCAACUUUUGAAUCAUUCGCACUUGACGGCCUCGCCAUUGCACUUUGAAGUCAUCAUGAACGCCUAUGAUCAAGUUUCCAAUCGUGAGGGUGUUCUCAAGCUAUAUCAAAAGAUUUUGGAUAACAAUAUACCCGUUAGUUCCAAGAUACUAUACUGCGUGAUCAAGGCGACGUUCACGAAGAGGCUGAAAUCCAAAGAAAACUUGACUGAAGCAAUAGCAUUCGUCGAGAAUAUCAUGACUCGAUCUGCCAACAGAGAACUGGACAUAACUUUCGAAAAGCUUCACCCAUCAGUAAUGGCAUGGCCAAUGCGAGCAGCUGCGAAAUUUCACAGUCCUAUGAAGGCAAUCGAACUAAUGAACAAAUAUAAUGAGUUGUUCUUCGAUAAGGCCGAUGUCGCUGCUGGUAACCUUGUUGUUUUAAGAAGCUUAAUGGUAAUGUCUGCUGAACUUCAUCAAUGGGACGAUUUUCAAAAACUUUACGACAGAUAUCUGGGGAAGCUACAGUUUUACAAAAGCCAGCCCUCUGCUAUCGUUCCGAACAAAAAGUUGGCAUCAUCACUCAGAGGUAUUCUGACCUAUAAAAUAAGGCUACUAGUGGCCACGGAUCGCGUUACGGAGAUUCCUGGACUUUUGAAAGACAUCGCUGCCAAAAACUUUGUUAUAGACAACGACGCUUGGAACGAAGCGAUUACCAAUGUAUUCGCCGAUAGGCGAACCAUUGAUUACGGCAUGCAGGCAGUCGAUUCCAAGCUCAUCCACGGUUUUAAUCUCGUCCACAAGUAUAGACUACUGCGGAAGAAUGCUGCCACCAAUACAUCAACCGACCGGAACUCUUGGUUUUUGGAACAGAAACGCCAAAAGCCAGCUAGUUUCCAGCCCAGGCUCUUUUUGAAAACAGCCGUCUUUGAGAAGAUUAGUCAAGCAGUGGACGCUUAUCUGGGCUCUUUGGAUGACAUCGAAGCAGAAUUGAAACGACUGACGACUCAUUACAAAUAUUUUAUGAAAAGUUACUUGAUGAAACCAAGAACAAAGAUCCCCGGUUGGGACAGCAUCGAGUUGACACACGCACCUUACCUCUUUAAAUUGAGAAAUGAUAAAAGGGCGCUCGACGAACCAUUUUGA